AUGUCGCACGGAUCAGCAAUACCGUCUCCUGCACCAAGCGGGGAUGGUAAGACAUUGCCGAAGAAUCGCGGCUGCUUCCAAUGCUCUCGUCGCAGAAUCAUCUGUGAUCGGGGUGAACCCACUUGCCAGAAAUGCACUAAGAAAGGUAUCGAGUGCUCAGGUCUGGGCAGGAUACGUUUCGCCGAGGGCGUGGCGAGACGUGGGCAGCUCAAAGGCCUCAAGGUGCCUGUUAGAAAGAACGACCCAGCCAAGGAGACCUUACCAGCCAAUGUGGGCUACGGUCAAGUGAGAUGGAAGAAUGAGCAAAAGAAAACGACAAGGAAAAAGAGGAGGAGAAAGAGCGAGAACGACGAGUUCGACAUCGGUUGGCCUGCAGAUUCUCCAUCUAUUCUGAGCAAUGAGGAUCGUGAAGUAUUUGCUUCGCCGACUGCCUCUGGGGACUUCAAAGGAGAUGAAGACGAUGAUGUUGUAGAGAUAGUCCGAGACGACACUCAGAUGUUAUUGAGCCGUUCAGUUGCUUCUAGCAUCCAGCCCUGGAUAGCUCCUCUUGGCUCGGAAGCACGAAUGCUAUUCUCACACUGUAAGAUGGCUGAUCUCUCUUUGACACACCUUGCUCACUCCAAACCAGUUUCCGAUGCGGUAGCGCCUGUAAUGGUAGUCUUUGACACGGUACCAAAUGGUUACCGAGAAUUCAUUCUGCCAAUGGCGGUUGAGAAUGAUGUUCUCCGCCGAGCAGUUGGCGUCGUCGCUGCGCAGCAUCUCAGUCGCGAGCAACCAGAGCUCGCAGAUGCUGCAGAAGCAGGGCGCUCGGCGAUCAUCUCUCGGCUGCGAAGAGAGUCUCUUUAUAGCCCUGCAGACCAAGUCUUUAACGCCUACACGUGGGCAACGCUGAUAGUACUGCUCGUCGGUGAAACGGUUACGGGAAGUGCGGAUUAUAGCUUCUUGGUGCACAUGCUCCUCUGUCUAUCCACGAACAUUACGGCCAAUCACGAAAAGACCGAUGCUUUAGAGUUCUUAGAGGCACAAACGAACAUAUACUUUGGUAUCCCCCAAUUAGGCGAGGAUAGAGGUGUACUCACUGUAAUGGAGUCUUACCAAUCCAUGACUAGUUGGUUGACGCCUACGUAUGAGCAACUUCCCACCGGUUCAGAGGAAGUAGACAUCAUGCGAAACCUUCGGCGGUGUUUUACUUUGGCCUCUGAGAUUUACAUCCAUCGAGCAACCACCGAACUCAACGAUGACCCGACACCGUCCCCUAUCGGCGACUCCUCUCAGCAUUCGGCUAUACAGGACCUGAUUACCCUCAUAUCUCAGAUCCCUCCUACCGCGCCUGGAGCUCACACCCUGAUCUGGGCCUGCUUCGUUGCGGCGGCUGAGACGUCGGAUCCGCAGCAGCGGCAGUUCUUUGUGGAUUACAUGCUGGCCAUUUACGAACGGACAAAAUUUAGAAAUAUCCCGCUGGGCGUGCAGAGCCUGGAGAGGAUCUGGUCGAGAAAAGGGAAUCAGAGAUGGACGCAAUGCCUGUCAGAGCUAUCCAAGGUGCUGGUCAUGUGA